AUGCAGCAGUCAUUCUACUUGAGUAUCCUGCUGCAGCAGCUGCAGCAGCUGCAGCAGUUGCAGCAGCUGCAGCCGCCGCAGCAGUUGCAGCAAACGCCCUCUUCUUCGCUGGGGGCUCCUCGAGUCUCCUCUGCAGCUCCUGAUGCCUCCUUAUCCGUGCACGUGCUGCAGCUGCAGCAAUUCAAGAAGCAGCAGCAGCAGCAGCAGCAGCACCGGUGUAUACGAGCGCCUCAGGAUGUACUGAUCUUAGUCGCAGCGGCGCUGCUGUGGGAGCUUCACAACACCAGCAGCAGCAGUAUUAGUAGUAGUAGUAUUAGCAGCAGCAGCAGAAGCUGUAGUAGCAGCAGUAGCAACAAUAGCAGCAGCAGGCAGCAGGUAGACCUGGCAGCGACUUCAGCUGCCUCAUCCAUUUUAUAUAGCAGCGAAAGGUGUUGUAAAGAGCAGCAAUUGUUGUUGCUGCAACAGAAAAUACGAGAGCACCAGAAGCAGCAGCAGCAGCAGCAACAGCAACAGCAGCAGUGGGAGGAGGAGCAGCAGCAACAACAGCGACAGCAAGAACAGCAGCAGCAGCAGCAGCAGCAGCAGCAGCAUUUCUUUCUUGAUUUGUUUUUAGCAGGACUGCUUAGUGCUGCCAAUGUUUGUAUUCAGACGCAUUUGCUGCAGCACUGGGAAGCAAAAAGAGAAAAGGGACAGCAGCAGCAGCAGCAGCAGCAACAGCAGCAGCAGCAGCAGCAGCAGCAACAACAGCAGCAGGUACAGACUUCGGCGGGGCGCGCGGAAGUGCAUCGCCUCAUCAACACCACACAGGCCACAGCAGCAGCAGCGGAAGCAGCAGCAGCAGCGGGAGUAGCAGCAGCAGCAACAGGGAUAGCAGCUGCUGAACCGGCAGCGACGGUAGCAGAAACAACAACAACAACAACAGCAGCAGCAGCAGCAGCAGCAAGCGCAGCGGCAGCAGCAGCAACAGCAGGUUGUGAUGGUCUACCCACGCGCAGUGGCCUUCCUCCAAAGCUGGCGCAGCAUCAUCAGCAGCAACACCAUCAGCAGCAGCUUCAGCAGCAGCAUCAGCAGCAACAGCAGCAGCAGCAACAGCAGCAGCAGCAACAGCAGCAGCAGCAGCAAGUGCGUAGGAAGUGCUCUGCUGCUGCUUUUAUGUUUCGCUUUGGGGCAAAGCCUCUGCAGCGUGCAUUUGCUUCUGCUGUGCUGCUGCUGCCCAUCUUGUGCUCACCUGCAGCAGCAGCAGCAGCAGCAGCAGCAGCAACAGCAGCAAACGCCUUUCCUGCCCCACCAGCCCCUAUCACCUUCGUUUCAGGAGCAGCAGCAGAGGCAGCAGCUGAUGAAGCAGCAGCAGCAGCAGGAGCAGCAGCAGCAGCAGCAAAUUCGCGACAGACCGGUGAGGCGAGUCCUCUUGAUUUCGGGGGCCCCACAGGGGAUGAGGCAGCAGCAGAAAAGAAUACAGCAGCAGCAGCAGCAGCAGCAGCAGAUGAGAGUGCUGCUGCUGCUGGCGUCUCCCCAGUGGAUUUCGAUUGGCGGCUGGGCUAUGACUCUGAGGAGCAGCAGUUUGCAGCAACAUCAGCAGCAACGCCCGAAACAGCAGCAGCAGCAGCAGCAGCGGCAUGCGGGUCUUGGUUGAAGGCUGGAGAGGGUUCAGUCUGUCUGCUGCAGCUGCCGCUAACAACAGACAACUUAGCUGCGCUGCUGCUGCUGCUGUUUCUGUCUCUGCUGGGAGUUAUUUAUUUGCUGCGUCUCUCAGCAGGCAUGAGGCGGGGCUGUCAGUGCCGCCUAUGCAGAGGAGACUACUCUAUUGUUCGCAAGUUGGGCCGGGGAGGGUACGGAACCGUUUGGUUGGCUCGGGCCCGUGGCCGCGCUGCUGCUGCUGCUGCUGCUGCUUGUGCUGCAGUAGCUGCUACUGCUGCUGCUGCGCCUCUGCGUCGUCUGGUGGUGCUGAAGAAAAUAGAAGUGAAGGACAUAACAGCAGCAGACAGCUAUCAGCAAGAAGCAAGGAGGCUUUCUAGGCUCAAGCAUCAACACGUCGUGGGUUAUGUGGGGGAGUUUAUUCACCAGGAGCCUUCAUUUGGCCGUGUCGAGCGGAAGACAUAUUUUAUGUUGCUGAUGGAGUUCUGUCCUCUAGGAGACUUAAAACGGCUCAUCGAUAAACAGUACCGAGCACUCAAUGAACGCAGAAUUCGCCGUUGGCUUUAUGAGUUGGUGCAGGCCGUCCACUAUCUGCACGAAAGAAAUAUCCUUCACAGAGAUAUAAAGAGCCAGAAUGUGUUUCUCUCUCAAGAGUGCCACAUCCGCCUCGGCGACUUCGGUCUCUGUCGCGUUGCAGCUUCACCUAGCAAACCUCUGCAGCACAGGUCUGCUCAGCAGCAGCAGCAGCAGCAACAACAACAACAGCAGCAGCAGCAGACGCAGCAGGUGCAGCGGCACUUCCUGGGUGCCGCUGCGGGCGCGGGCAGAUGUCAGCAGCAGCGGGGACGUGCAGCAGCCGAUGCUUCGGCUAGGAGCAUCAGCAGCAACUUUGCUGACUUCUUGCAGCAGCAGCAGAAGCAGCAGCAGCAGCAGCAGCGCAUGCGUCGAGCUGCAGCAGCAGCAACCGGAACCAAGUUGGCAUGGCUCUUAGCGUAUGUCUCUUCUUUGAAGGAUUUGCUGCUGUCUCCUUUUUUGUCAUUCCUUCGAUACACAAAAGGCUGCAGCAGCAGCAGCAGCAGCAGCAGCAGCGGGGACGGGUGCGUGAGCAGCAGCAGCAACAGCACGAAGGGUAGCUACAGGAGCAGCACAACAGCAGCAGCAGCAGCAGCAGCAGCAGCAGGUGCAGAUACACCUGAUAACAGCUCGCUGCUUUCUUUUGCUGGUACUGACUGCUACAUGGCCCCGGAGGUUCUCUUAGGAGAGACGUACGGGAAGCCGUUUGUCUCCUUUUAA